AUGUUUCCACAACAAGCUCCACGGAUUGUGGUAGAGAUAAAACUUGGUAACACAGUUGCUCAAUUGUUUCCAGAUGGUAGCUUGAGUAAUGGUUCAACCAGUAUUACUGAUUUCAGCGCAGUUGCACUAAACAAGCAAAACAAGCAAGUAUGGGGGUUUGAAAAUGACAAAGUUAAAAUAUUGUGCAAUCAAAACCACGUUUGUAGUUAUGGUCAAGUCAACCACUUGAUAACAGGCAAGGGAUUAAAUAGGCUUCGUUCUCUUUACAAUCUCGUAAUAACAAAAUAUCUCCAACAACAGCCAAACAUCACCGUUCCCAGAACCAAUGCUGGUGACACCACACCAGCAACACAUGAUGCCUUCCAAAAGAAAUUGGCUGAAUUAGUUGAAAAAUUCAAAACCAAGUAUUCGAAACUAAGAGGUGUAGAAUUCAUUCAACCUGUUGUGUUUGGAUCUUCUGUCCAUGGCAGAGAGUUUAAUGAAGAUACAGUCAAAGAUGUUGAAAUUGUUACCAUUUAUGAUGCUCCAUCUCUUCAUGCUUUACAAUAUGGAGUGGCUGGUUUGGGAGAAACGUCUUACUAUGAUGCUCAGUUGGCCUCCCAAUAUGAGUGUCUCAAUAUUUAUGGAGCUGAAUGUUGUUUUAUUGAAGCAAUCAAAACACCAUGUGAACAUACUUUUGAAGGAAUUAGUUAUAGUAAUGAAAGAAGUGAAUGGAUUGAACUGCUAGUUCUUCAAUUAAGAUUGUUUCCAAACCUCAGACAAAUCAGAGUGCUUUGUUGUAAGAAAAACCAAAAUAUCUUGUUGGGAAAUGAUAUCUUCAAUUUGAUUGCUGCCAAGACAGAAGUAAUUGUUUUCAUGCAUUCAUCCCCAACAAAUGUCAUGUACAACCGUUCAGAAAUGUUCAAUGAGAGAGAAGCAAAAAAGAAAGAAGGACUACCACAACCAUAUAGUAAGGACUUUAACUCUUUCGUGACACGUGCCUCACAGUAUACAGCUAUCAAUAUUGAUUUGAAAAAAGAAAGAUCUAAUAUUCAAAACAAGGAACCAAGUGGAAAGAAAACAGAUAACACAACCAAGCCACAACCAUUUAAAUUCGAAAGGUUCUUUUCCUCCAAUAAGUGGAAAGCUCUAGAACCGACUGAAGAGACAAGUAAUCUACACAGAGACUGGAACGAAGUGUUUGAUUCACGUGAAUAUAGCACUAUCAAGGAAUAUUGUGAUUAUCUCACUUCAAGACCUGGCCAGUGUCAAUUUGAUAGUGUAUUACUAUUGAUCAAUGAACCAGAUAGAAAUUUGAGAGAGGAAGUGGCUCAACACAUUGAACUAAAUUGUGAUUAUUACCAAGAAUAUAUUGAUGAACCAUUUGAACAAUACAUUCGUAAAGUUCGUGGAAAUGAUUGGGGAGAUAAUAUCACACUAAGAGCUAUAUCUGAAGUAUUAAGUGUGAGAAUUAUAGUUGUUGAUGAGGAUGAAGGAACAGAUGAUGUUGUUUUGGGUCAUUUCUUUGAAGAAGAAAUUGUUUUAGGAUUUGUCAAUCAAUCUCAUUACAUCCCACUGAUCAAAAGAGAACACAUGCCUACAUAUCAUCAUUAUGGCACUGCCAUUGAACAACAGAGAAUGAUUUCUGCUGAACUUACUGAUGUUCAUGAAACAAGUACUGAUGGUGGCCAUUACGAUUGGCAAACCUCUCAAUUACCAUCCAACCAAUCAACCCAAAAUGUUCCAGAUGAAGGCCAAGAAGGCAACUCCAAAGAAGAGAGCUAUAUUGAGAGAAACCCCCAUAAAUCACACACACAAAAAAAAAGUUCUAACAGAAAUACUAGAAAGAAUCAAUUCAAUCCUGCUCUUUGUGUAUUUAUUACCAAUCUAUCCUAUUCAUCAACAUGGAGAGAAAUUAAGGAAUUAUUUGAUGGAGCUACCUAUGUUAAAUUAUUCAAAAAUCAAGAUUCUGAACAACACAAAGGAUGUGGUUAUAUUCAAUUCAAAUCCAAAGAACAGAAAGAUGCUGCUUUAAAAUUGAAGCAACCAAUAUCACACAAUGGAAGAAACAUUAAGAUAAGAGAAUAUGAAAAGAGAAACAACAAAUAG